AUGGCAUCAGGCAAGACGGAUGCUGAGAAGGAGAUCAAGCGUAACCCGCACGGCGAUUUCAAAGCUGUCGAGGCUUCUCGUCCACCGUUUGAAAAGAACGACUUCCACUUUACUCAAACUCCCAAACCAGAGUGGAAAGCUGGAUCUGGCGCCAACGACCCAUCAUGUCUUGAGAAGGAACAUCGUCAAAUCAACCCCUAUGCUGAAGGAAGAGCAGUUGUACAGAACUACAAGCUGCUCAUCUCUGCCAUUGUCCCGCGUCCUGUUGGGUUCGUGUCAACCAUCAGCGCAGACGGCAAGAGCACAAACCUGGCUCCGUUCAGCUACUUCAACCUCAUGAACCACGACCCUCCGAUCUUCGUGUUGGGGUUCGCGGGUGGUAUGGACAAGGCGAAAGAUACGUUGAAAAAUCUUGUCGACACAAAAGAGUGUACAAUCAACAUCAUCACCGAGGAGUACAUUGAGGCGGCCAAUUACACCUCGAUCAACGCUCCCCAUAGCGUCUCGGAAUGGUCACUCAGCGGCCUUCACGGUGCAAAGAGCUCCUUGGUCAAGCCGGAUCGAGUCAAAGAGGCGGUAUUCAGUCUCGAAGGAAAGCUGGUCAGCACCCAUGAGUGGACAUCGAAGAGCCCUGCUACGCCAGACAAGAGGACGGGUGUCACAGUCUUCGUGGAGGGUGUCAAUUUUUGGGUUAGAGAAGAUGCUAUCGAUGAGCAGGGCGUAUUGAUUGACCCAGCCGUCAUGAAGCCUAUUUCGAGGCUGGGUGGCAUCACGUAUGGCCGCACUACCCAGGCGUUCGAGCUACCCCGACCUGAUUAUGAUGAGGUGACCAAGGAUCCAGAGGUCGCGAAACUGGCAAAAGCCAGGGGCCCAGGACAGGAAGAGUAGCAUGUCUCGCCUCCUCAUUGCGAUGUAAAAAUGCUGUCUGACUUUCCGAAGCUCGCGACAGAGACUGUAGACAAAACAGCGUGAGAAGCAUUUUACAGCC